CGUAGCAUAAUUUACUUUCUUCCUGGAGCAGAAGCAAAGCCAUUUUUUCCAUUACGCGCCAGCCAGUGUUAUUUUGACUUUAAAAGGGGGGUUAAGAAUCAGAAGAAUAUUAUUACUACGACUCCAUGAUGAUAUGAUGCAUGCUGUCGACUAAGUUAUCAUGCGCUGUAAGACCACAUUACCACCACCACCACUACUCCAACAAUUACAAUUCCAACUGGAAUAAUAAUUUGAGAUCCAACAUUCUCGUGUUUCUAAAUCCUUCUUCAACGGAUUAUUCCCAACGACUCUCUCUUUCCUCUCCUCCUUCUUCAUCCUUGUUCCACAACAACUCUAAUAAUAUCAAAGUCAGAUCCAAAGCGAAUUGUAUACCGGGUAUGAUGGAAAAGGUUGAUUCUGAGACAAAGCUAUUCACGCGAAUGCGAUUAUGGGAAUUCCCAGAUCAGUAUGUUAUUGAGCCAACUGAUGGCUCUACUGGUUCUUGUUUAACAAUUAGUCGUGUUGAUGGAGCAAUGAGCAUAAUUGAUGAGGUUCCACAUGUGCAAACUGUUCGAGCUCCGAGAAUUCAGACUAUUUAUGGAGUAAUGGGAUUGCUAAAGCUCGUGGCAGGGGUAUAUGUAACUGUGAUAACUGAGCGAGAAUGUGUUGGAUCCUAUUUGGGACAUCCUAUCUUCAAGGUUUCGUCCUUGAAGAUUUUGCCUUGUGAUCAUUCUUUGAAUGCUUCCUCCGCGGAACAGAAAAAGAUGGAAUCCGAGUUCUCAGUGCUCCUAAGUGCCGCAGAGAGGACUACUGGUUUGUACUUUUCGUAUGAUGUUAAUUUGACACUCAGUGCACAACGGUUGCAUGAUUUGGGAGAGGAGUCAAAGCGACUUCCUCUUUGGAGACAGGCAGAUCCUAGGUACCUAUGGAAUAACUACAUGUUGGAAGUUCUCAUAGAUAAUAAGCUCGACCCGUACUUGCUUCCUAUUGUCCAAGGGAGUUUUAAUAACUUUCAAGCAGCAGUUGCGAAGGAUAUUGUUGAUGUUACUCUGAUUGCAAGGAGAUGCACUAGGAGAAAUGGUACUCGAAUGUGGAGAAGAGGUGCUGACGCGGAUGGCUAUGUUGCAAAUUUUGUGGAGUCUGAGCAAAUUUUACAAUCAAAUGGACAUACAGCAUCAUUUGUCCAGAUUCGAGGUUCUAUUCCAUUAUUGUGGGAGCAAGUUGUUGAUUUGACCUAUAAACCUAAGUUUGAGCUUGUGAGACUUGAGGAGGCCCCUCGAGUUGUGGAACGACAUUUCUUGGAUCUGAGAAAAAGAUAUGGAUCUGUCUUGGCUGUAGAUCUUGUCAAUAAGCAUGGAGGUGAGGGACGUCUCUGUGAAAAAUAUGGCGAUGCAAUGCAGCAUGUUGUUGGUGAUGAUACUAGGUAUUUGCACUUCGAUUUUCAUCAGAUUUGCGGCCACGUCCAUUUUGAGCGUCUCUCAAUGCUUUAUGACCAAAUAGAGGAUUUCAUCAAAAAGAAUGGGUAUUUUUUUCUCAAUGGAAAGGGUGAAAAAGUUGAUGAGCAGCUUGGAGUUGUGAGGACCAAUUGUAUUGAUUGUUUAGACCGUACAAAUGUUACCCAGAGCAUGAUUGCAAGAAGAUUGUUGGAAAACCAACUUCGUCGAGUAGGGAUCUUCCGUGAUGAGGAAACCAUUAGCACACACCAGCAUUUUGAUGAGUGCUUCAAAAUAAUGUGGGCAAAUCAUGGGGAUGACGUUAGCAUUCAGUAUUCUGGUACCCCAGCACUGAAAGGAGACUAUGUCAGAUGUGGGCAGCGGACAAUCCACGGAAUUGUUAAAGAUGGAUGGAAUGCACUUGCUCGCUAUUAUCUUAACAAUUUCUGUGAUGGGACAAAGCAGGACGCGAUUGAUCUCUUGCAAGGACACUACAUUGUUUCUUCUGUCAGCCGAGAUAUGGCUCCACCCCAAGUGGGGGGCCUAGAGGCUUACGCUUCUUUUCCAUUGGCUCUGGCUUUGGGUUUGUCUGGCCUGUUGUUCGCGAGCAUAUCUCUGCGACAAGCUCGAUAUGAUCUCCGUCAUCUAUUCUUAUCGCUUGUGUGGGCAAGCAUGAGCAUAGGUAUAGCAGCAGUUGUGAGAGCCAAUGGACGUAUCUUCUGCAACCGACCUCGUCUUCACAAACCCCAACGUUGAUAACACGGAUAUACAAGAUAUAACUAACCAUUUCAAUGUAUCAUGCUGUAUUUGCAGCUUAUCCUAUUUUUAUUCAUCGUGUCCAUGUAUAAUGCUGUAUUUUCAGAAUUUGCAGCUUUCAUAUUUUUUUCUUCUUCUUUAUACUCUGUAGCCUGGUUAGUUUGCUGUGUCAGUGCCCAGCUGUUUACGAGAAUUCUUUCAGGCUUUAAUAUUCAAAUUUCCAUCUCAAGUUUGCCUUCCCCAAUGUACUUAUUAAAGAAGCUACUCUUCUUUUUGGUUGUAUCCUUUUCAACAUUAUGAAGUCAGAAUUUCUGAAUUUUCUUAU